AUGCCUGAGAAAGGCGACCUGAAUGCCGAAAUUAAACUAUGGAAUGAACGCAUCGAAAAGGAGAACAAAGUGAAUGCCAAGAUUAGAGAGGCGCCCUUCUCCCUGGCCCGUUUGCCAGAUAGCAUUACUGCUAAGCCCAAUGAGGAGAAUCUCGGCAGUCGACACCGGAGUGCUUCGAUGCUCGACAUUCUUGAAAAUCUCAGAAAAUCAUCAACGGAUCCUCGAGACAAGUUUCUACUGCCACAAACGGCAUCCCAAGACUUCGGUUGGCUGCUCAGUGAUUCGAGGGUGAGCCGACGGAACAAGAAGUCUCAUCCUACCACCGUUACUACGGCUUCCUCUCACCGUGCAUUUGCCGCUGUUGCUACCAAACGAGUCGCAGUGGUUCUCUCUGGAUGUGGCCACCUAGACGGCAGUGAAAUUCGCGAAGCGGUGUUUGUGCUCACCGAAUUGAGUCGGGCCAACACCAAAUACCAAUGCUUUGCUCCAGACAUCCAACAGAUGCACGUUGUGGACCACUCAGAUGGGUCCAUAGAUUCUGGUUCGAAACGCAACGUGUUGGUGGAAGCUUCACGCAUUGGAAGGGAAGGUACUCUGCCGUUAACAGAUCUCAAGGCUAAAGAUUAUGAUGCAUUGAUGUUCCCCGGCGGCUUCGGAGCUGCGAAGAAUCUCUCGAACUUCGCCGUUAAGGGCAGUGGCAUGUCAGUUCAUCCCGAAGUUGAAAGGGCGAUCAAAGAGUUCAACCAAGCUGGUCAUCCAAUUGGCCUAGUCUGCAUCGCUCCAGUACUUGCAGCUAAGGUUUUGAACGCCGAAGUCACUAUGGGUUCCGAUGAGGUUAGUGAAGAGUAUCCAAACGCAUCUGCCGCGCAAGCUGUGAAAGAGAUUGGCGGUAAGCAUUUCAAUACUAAGUUGAACGAGGCCCAUGUCGAUACGGCCAAGAAGGUUGUUACCUCUGCUGCGUAUAUGAACAACACAGCGCCUAUUCAUGAGAUACACGAAUCGGUCGCUGCGAUGGUGAGGGAAACUUUGAAGCUGAUAAACAGUUAA